AUGAACCAUCCCCCGCGGCAACGACAGCAGUCUCUCGAGGCCGUUACCGACACUUCAGAGAAGUCAUAUUCGGUAACUCCGCCGGCGCGGAAGCAGAGUUAUCCCUCUGAUAACUCUUCAACCGCCGUCGUGUUCGAUCCCGACGACAUGGAAACCGGCCUUGACUUGUACUUCAAGUAUUGUCACAGGCAACCGAUUUGGUGCUUCGAGCGAGACGAGAUCGGCGACUACAGGACACUUCCAGAAGACCUUGCCAGCAGCAUCUUGGCUCUCACUUCUCGGUUCUCCGAUAGGCGUGAUCAUCUCCAGCUUUUCAGUAACAAUGCAAAGACUCUCAUCAUGCUUCGAAUCGCGAAUGGCACAGUAGACAUCACGACUAUUGAGAGCCUGUGUCUCCUUUCAUAUUCUUCAUUUAUAGACGGAAACGUCCAUCUUGGCCAGUUCCACCUAGGCCUUUCUCUUCAGCUCUGCCGGUCGGCGAUGCUUGAUAACGAAUCUGUAUAUCUCGCCGAUGAUCCCACGACAGACCGGAAGAAGCGCCUUUUCUGGAGCCUCCAACUGCUUGAGCAAUCUUACGGCCGGCAAGAUGGUCUUUUGAGUGUGCCGACUGACAUAUGGCGGCCAGAGUACUCUACGGGCGGCGGAAGCCAGAUGGAGCAGGAAUCCAGGGCGCCGCCUCUACCUGUGGAUAAUCUCGGAACAUCAACACCCAGUGAGCCGGGAAUCUGGAACACGAGUGUCCGCUUGGGAUGGGUUUGGAGCCAAGUGAGAAAAUAUGUCUCCGACUGCUCCCACAACAUCCUGAAGGAACCUUGGCGACAUGACUCGAUGUAUGCCAAAGUCCUCUCUGACUUCAUGGAGACGGAAAACCGGAUCCCGAUGUGUCACCGAUACGAUUCCGUCAAGUUUUACGAGCGCAAGAUCGAUGAGUUGAAGAUGAACCGUGAUUACUGGGCCUGUUGGCUAAAGGAGCAGUUUACGUACCAUGCAAUUCCGACCGUCCUGAACCACCCAUUUCUCUAUAUUGUCGGAGCACAGCACAAUCCCAAUCUGGGAAUCCCAAACACUUUUUGGAGGAGGUCGUCAGAACAGGCCCUGCUUCACGCCACGUGGAUCGUUCGAAUGAUAGAAAUGGUUGUCGACAAACAAGUGCCUCUGGUAGACCCGUUCUUUGGACAUGUUGCCGCGAUAGCAGCCACGGUGCACCUAUACUACUGCUGUGCUGCGGCUCCGAGGUUGAAGCACAAGUCCAACACGGACUUUGCCAAGUGUAGAAGGUUUUUGAAAAGUUUCAUACCUUGUUCUGCCGCCUGUAAUGCUCUUGACCGCAAUCUUGAUAAAAUGACACGCAUCGCUGCCGGCUCCGAGACGAUGGACGUCGAAGACUGGAUGCCGUCAAAAAUCUAUCUCAGCGUACCCCUUAUGUGGGAAAUUCUACAGUUCAACUCGACGACUGACUCGCAGGAGAUCCCCAGUGCGGGUCUCCUCGAUGCGUCUCUGACCCCAGCAGUUCCCCCCAUUGACACCAGCGAGAGUUCGACUCUUGAGAUCAUCGUUGCGACAUCGCCCGAAAUUACGAUCAACACUGCAGACGGAGGACAGGAAGCGCCCACGUUAUCCUACAAACCAUCCCACAAGCAAACCGUCUCCUCUUCUUCUACUUCUUCUUCGACAGCACCUACAUCUUCACGGCAGAACGUCUUUGACACUCCCAACGUGGAGCAGAUUGACAGUCUGACCUUCAACACCACGCCCUGGCUGUACGCGGACUCUUCGCAACUUAUUAAUAUUGCAGAAUUACCCGAUCUCCAGUCGGAGCCAGGUAACGCGUGGUGGGAAGGAGACAAUUUCAACAACAUCAUGUUUAAUCAAUUUUAG